AUGGAUCUGCCCAACCUCGCCGUCGUGCUGCGCGCCGCUCUCAGCCACGUCCCUGAGGAACGCAAGGCCGCGGAGGAGAGCCUCAACCAGUUCCAGUACACACCACAGCAUCUAGUUAGAUUGUUACAGAUCAUUGUGGAUGGAAGUUGUGAUAUGGCUGUACGACAGGUCGCGAGCAUUCAUUUCAAGAAUUUUGUUGCCAAAAAUUGGUCUCCAAAUGAUCCUGAUGAAUCCCAAAAAGUUGCUGAAAGUGACAAGUCCAUGGUCCGUGAGAAUAUACUAGGAUUUAUUGUUCAAGUACCCCCUCUUCUAAGAGCACAGCUUGGAGAAAGUAUCAAAACAAUAAUACAUGCAGACUAUCCUGAGCAGUGGCCAAGUCUCCUUCAUUGGGUUACACACAAUCUAGAAUCACAAAGUCAAAUUUUUGGAGCUUUAUAUGUGCUAAGGGUUCUUACCAGGAAAUAUGAGUUCAAAUCUGAGGAAGACCGGAUACCUCUAUAUCACAUUGUAGAAGAAACUUUUCCUCGCUUGCUGAGCAUAUUUAACAAACUUGUUCAGAUUGUCAAUCCUCCAAUUGAAGUAGCUGACUUGAUCAAGCUGAUAUGCAAAAUAUUUUGGUCUUCAAUUUACCUGGAGAUCCCGAAACAACUCUUUAAUCAAGAUGUCUUCAAUGCAUGGAUGAUUUUGUUUAUAAAUUUAUUGGAAAGGCCAGUUCCAGUGGAAGGCCAACCGUUGGAUCCUGACAUCAGGAAAUCCUGGGGCUGGUGGAAAGUUAAGAAAUGGACAAUCCAUAUCUUGAACCGUCUGUAUACCCGGUUUGGUGAUCUGAAGCUUCAGAAAUCUGAGAGUAAAGCUUUUGCUCAAAUGUUUCAAAAGAAUUAUGCUGGGAAAAUAUUGGGAUGUCACUUGCAGCUGCUCAAUGCGAUUCGUACUGGAGAUUACUUGCCAGAUAGAGUUACCAAUCUUAUUCUUCAAUAUCUCACCAAUAGUGUUACAAAAAACAGCAUGUAUCAGCUGAUGCAGCCUCAAAUCGACAUCAUUCUUUUUGAGAUAAUUUUUCCACUUAUGUGCUUCAAUGACAAUGACCAAAAACUAUGGGAGGAGGAUCCUCAUGAAUAUGUUCGAAAGGGCUAUGAUAUUAUUGAAGAUUUGUACAGUCCUCGAACAGCUGCUAUGGAUUUUGUGAGUGAAUUGGUAAGAAAACGAGGAAAAGGCAACCUCCAAAAGUUUAUCCAUUUCAUUGUGGAUAUAUUCAGGAGAUACUAUGAGGCCCCUGCUGAAGCCAAGCCAUAUCGCCAAAAAGAUGGCGCUCUUCUUGCAAUUGGGACAUUAUGUGAUAAGCUGAAGCAAACUGAUCCAUACAAAGCUGAGCUUGAGCGUAUGCUUGUCCAACAUGUCUUUCCUGAGUUCAGUAGUUGUGUUGGGCACUUGCGUGCAAAGGCAGCAUGGGUUGCUGGGCAGUAUGCCCAUAUCAAUUUCUCGGAUCAGGACAAUUUUCGGAGAGCUAUGCAUUGCAUAGUUGCUGGAAUGCGUGAUCCAGAUCUUCCUGUCCGAGUUGAUUCAGUCUUUGCACUUCGUUCUUUUGUUGAAGCAUGCAAAGAUCUGAAUGAGAUUCGACCUAUAAUUCCUCAACUCCUUGAUGAAUUUUUUAAACUGAUGAAUGAAGUUGAGAAUGAGGACCUUGUCUUCACACUUGAAACCAUUGUUGAUAAAUUUGGUGAAGAGAUGGCGCCAUAUGCACUAGGAUUGUGCCAGAAUUUGGCUUCUGCCUUCUGGAAAUGCAUGGCUAGUUCAGAAGCGGAUGAUGAAGCCGAUGAUUCUGGUGCUUUGGCAGCUGUGGGUUGUUUACGAGCCAUAAGCACAAUCUUGGAGUCCGUCAGCAGUCUCCCACAUCUUUUUACCCAAAUAGAACCAACUUUAUUGCCAAUAAUGCGCAGGAUGUUGACUUCUGAUGGUCAAGAUGUUUAUGAAGAAGUCCUGGAAAUUGUCUCCUAUAUGACAUUUUUCUCGCCAACGAUUUCAUUGGACAUGUGGAACUUAUGGCCAUUGAUGAUGGAGGCACUUAAUGAUUGGGCAAUAGAUUUCUUUGAGAAUAUUCUUGUUCCGUUGGACAACUACGUUUCACGGGGCACUGAACAUUUUCUUGCGUGCAAAGACCCUGAUUAUCAGCAAAGCCUGUGGAAUGCGCUAUCAUCUAUUAUGAUGGAGCCAAACAUGGAAGAUUCUGAUAUUGAGCCUGCUCCCAAGCUCAUUGAAGUGGUUUUUCAGAACUGCAAAGGCCACGUGGAUCAGUGGGUUGAGCCUUACCUCAGGCUUACAAUUGAUCGGUUGCGCCGAGCACAGAAGCCAUAUUUGAAGUGUCUCCUUGUACAAGUGAUUGCUAAUGCGUUCUACUAUAAUCCUUCAUUGACACUUGCGACUUUACAUCAACUUGGAGUUGCGACUGAAAUAUUUACCCUUUGGUUUGGUAUGUUACAACAAGUAAAAAAGAGUGGUAUGCGAGUCAAUUUCAGGAGAGAGCAUGAUAAGAAGGUCUGCUGCCUGGGGCUGACUUCACUUAUUUGCCUUCCAGCAGAUCAUAUUCCAGUAGAAGCUCUAGAACGCAUUUUCAAAGCAACACUUGAGCUGCUGGUUGCCUACAAAGAUCAAGUUACAGAAUCUAAGAAGCAAAUUGAUGAUGAUGAUGAUGGUGAUGAUAUGGAUGGCUUUGACGCCGAUGAAGAUGAUGAGGAAGUCGAAUCUGACAAGGAGAUGGGUCUUGAUGAUGAAGAUGGCGAUGAAGUAAACAGUCUUCAUCUUCAGAAACUAGCUGCAGAGGCUAGAGGCUUCCAGCCAGCUGAUGAGGAUGAUGACACAGAUGAUGAUUUCAGUGAUGAUGAGGAGCUGCAAUCACCGAUAGAUGAGGUGGAUCCAUUCAUUUUAUUUGUUGAAACUGUCAAAGGUUUGCAAGCAUCUGAUCCAGCCAGGUUCCAGAACCUCAUGCAAACUCUUGAUUUCCGCUAUCAGGCGCUUGCUAAUGGCAUAGCUCAACAUGCUGAAGAAAGAAGAGUUGAGAUCGAGAAAGAGAAAUUGGAGAAGGCAAAUGCACAGUGAUGAGUCAUGAAGCACGUGUGGUUUGUGUUCAUGUCAUUGCCGUUCUGCCUGUGUGUAGAAGUGGCGAGUCAGUAUCCUGUGAUUUGGCGAUCACAGGUAAUGAGUUUUGGAGCCUAUAGUCCUGUACCGAUCAAAGGAAGCCAAGUUUAGGCUCGCAAAUUUUAUCCUUGCGAGAGGCAAAGCUGAUGACAGAGCUUUCUUUGGACAAUCCGUCACCGUUUGCCAUUCUCCUGGUGGCCUAUUGUCAUUGUUAAGGUUUUGCUGGCGUGACACUAGGAAGUUUCUCCCCUUGAGGACACUUGUUCGUCAUGCUGCUUGGCCCUGUUUCUUUUUCUUUCAAUUGGGCGUCAUAAGAGCAUUUGUUCGGAAGCCCUCUGGUGGUGGGCUGCAUCUCAGAGUCAUGAGUCUUGAGGACAGUUCCUUUUUUUUUAUAUAGUCUUGAGAGGGCAGUUCCUUGUUAGACUGUAGAGUGUACAUGGUUUGGUUGCUUGUCUAGGCAUUGCUGCGUGGUUCCAAUGGUGGGCCGAGUCAUAUGUUCUUGUUUUUGGCAAGGGAUGUUCCAUCUUAUAUUUUGGUCAAUUGAUUUGAAAGGGCAAACAAUUUGUUAUAGUUCUGAUGCGUACUUUACCUU